CAUUCGAUUUCUACAUGGUGUCUUUUGUCUUCUGCGUGAAGAAACAUCUAGAACUACGACUACAAUUUGCACAACUUUGUGACGUCUAGAGAAACCUACCGGGCUUUUAAUCACGUAAUGAGACGCAGCUUGUGGUGCUAAAUUAAUACUCUCUUUUUCCCGUCAAAAAAGGCACUGCUUACUUAUCUGAGCUUAUGUUACGAUAUGAAUAUGUUAGUCAUUUGUUUCAAAUCAUCCUAAAUAAUAUAAAUAAUUUAAAACAAAAAAAUAUGAAAACGCAGCGCAGGUGUGACGUCACAGGUUAUUAACAUACUGGGCAGUAUUUAUUGAAUGAAUGAGCCGUUCAUCCUCACUCUGUUCCUGUGACUUUGAGGAUUUUUGUUCUCGGUGUAUCUACUGUGCCUACACGCUUGUGCUUUUGCAAUCAUGUCUGACAAACCUGACAUCACUGAGGUUACAACCUUUGACAAAACCAAGCUGAAGAAGACUGAGACGCAAGAGAAGAACACACUGCCAACUAAAGAGACCAUUGAACAGGAGAAGUCGGAGUCAUCAUGAAGACCAGUCUCCCAUGUGUUGCACAUUCCACAAGAGUUGCUGACUUGAACCACUUCACAGCUGCAUUUUGUCUUCCUGCACUUGCUAAUCCAUAGCAAUGUCUACAAAUUCCACCAAAUGUAAAGAAAUUGACUUCACCUUAGCAAGGGAUCAGCCCCUUGAAUCCCUGUUGUGGAAUGAUUGCAUGCUGGACUUGCACUUCAUGAUCAUUGUUAGCCGUUUUUUUUGGCCAAUUUUGAAUGCUCACUAAGCAAAGUGUGUCUUGUAAACCUUUGCAUGCACAAGUUUCAAUAUGUAAAAUAAAACAAACUUAAAUAAA